AUGGCCAUUUUCAACUGGCUUCGUCAACUCCGUGGCAAGCACGCCUUCCGGGCUGACGAGGACUACUCUUCAAAGGACAUUCUUCCCAAAUGUAUCGAGCUCUCAGUAUUUUCUGUUCCUGGAACGUCGUGUCCAAGUACACCAUUCCCAGAGACUCCCAAUACUGCUGUGGCCUCCCCUGCUGGGAGUGAACAAACCUUAGUAUUGGAAAAGCUCCCAGAAGAAUUUGGUCGGCUGGCAUCUUGGAGAGGCUCCUUGAUCCUGCUGGUGACUUCAGGCUCCCAAUUCCUCGACAAUGUUUUCAUGACGAGUUCUAACAUGGGAUUGGCGUCGAUUCAAGAAGAAUUUGAUGUGACUAGCUCCAAUCUGCAAUGGAUGAUUUCCGCGUACACUUUGACGUUUGGUGGGUUUCUCCUCCUAGCUGGAGCUUUAUCAGAUCGUUAUGGAAGGAAAAAGAUUCUCUGCCUGGGUCUUUUCUGGCUGUCUGUAUGGACGCUGGCCAUUGGAUUUGGCCAGUCCUUUAUCCAACUCACAGUCUUCCGUGGAAUCCAGGGAAUUGGUGCAGCUUUGACUGUUCCAUCUGCAAUUGGUAUCAUCAGUUCGUAUUUCACCGGUGUUGACCGAACUCGAGCACUCUCAAUCUAUGCCGCCUCUGGCACAUUGGGCUUUUGUGCUGGCCUCAUCUUUGGUGGCUUUUUAACAUCAUCGUUGGGCUGGAGGUACAUCUUUUACUUCAUUGUCAUCAUCACCGGCUCCCUGGGAACGCUAGGCCUUGUUGUUUUGCCCCGUGACCGCGUGGAUACCAAAUCAAGAACCAGAAUGGAUUACUUUGGCGCAAUCCUUUCUACAGCUGGACUUAUUCUACUCCAGUUUGUGCUCUCCAGCGGAGGAGUCUAUGGCUGGGACCAACCCUUCAUCAUCGCUCUUUUGAUUCUUGCUAUUGCUAUGCUCGUGGCCUUUGUCCUGCUGGAAAGCUACAUCAGCAACCCCUUGAUGCCUCUUUCACUGUGGAAAAUUCGCAACUUCGCUGGCCUUUGGGUUGCUGGCUUCACCUGCUACGGAAGUUACCAGAACGUCAUUUACUAUAUUGUGUUGACCGCCCAGCAAGUGGACAAGUUAUCCGCUGGAGAUACUGCGCUUCGAUUUCUACCAAUGGGUGUUAUUGGAUUCAUUGUAUCCUUGGGAACAGGAAAGCUUCUCGAGUACAUGAAUGGAAAAUACUUGCUUCUUGCAGGUCUCAUUCUCACUGUCGUGGCCCCAGUCCCGAGUGCUUUGACAGUGACUUUAACAACCGACUUCUGGGUGAAUGUUCUUGGUACAUCGCUCAUCAGCAUUUCUGCCGUGUCUCUUAUUUUUGUUACGACAAGCACGACGAUCCUUACGACAGUUCCAGUCGAGGUCAAGAGUUUAUGCGGUGGAAUGUUGAACACUGCAUUCCAGAUUGGCUCCGGCGUUGCCUUGGCUUUCUCUGCUGCAACUACUGAAGCUGUUGAUAUCGAGAAAGGGCACGCCAUUGCUCAACAGUAUUCUACCGGGCUUUGGUGCUCCACUGGACUUGCAGGUCUUGGCCUCAUUAUUGGGCUUAUCGCUGUACGGCGACGAGGAAUCGGCCCACAGGACAGGAUUGGCGAUCCUGUAGCGCUGUAA